AUGUCAGUUUUCAAUCCAAACACCAUUAGCCCGACUGACAAAGAACAACUCGCCAAGUCAAUCACUAAACUCUACGUCUCCUACGGACUCCCUGCUUUCUACGUCCAAGCCCACUUUAUCAAGGAUGUCCCUGGUACAGCUUUCGUUGGCGGUGAAGUGCACCCCAACUUCGCCGACAUCUACCGUGUUGCUCGUGCUUUCCAGAGUGAAGAAGCGAAGCAGCGAUUCUUCUCCGGCGUUGACAAUAUCCUCGACCCGGAAUGUGAGUCAAAAGAAAUGGAAUGGGAAUAUUUCAUCGCGGAAGCUUCGAGAGAUUUGUGGAAGAUGAGUGGACUAGUGCCACAACAGCCUGGCUCCGAGGGAGAAAAGAAAUGGGCCCAACUGAACAAGGCCGUGAAGCUUGAGUGA